AUUAUUUUCAGCCAUUAUUGCUGUGGGCAUCUAGACCUCCCUAAUAUUUACUACAAUCAAUUACCGACGGUAAUUCUUGUACGAGACUCAUAAAUUCUGAAUUUAUAAAUCGUUAAAAUGAGUGGAGCAGUUACAAAGAAAGUAGGCCUUAUAAGCUCAAUUAUUAGUACAGCCAAGCCCAAUUUGAAUACUUUUAUUAAAUAUGCUAAAGUAGAGUUAACUCCACCUAAAUUAUCAGACCUACCAGAAGUCAAAAAUGAGAUUUCCAAAAUAAUCCAAACAGCCAAAAGUGGUCGUUGGAAGAACAUUACGGUCAAGGAUGCAACUAUUAACUCACUCGUCGCAAUUGAAGUACUUAUGUGGUUUUAUGUUGGUGAAUGUAUUGGAAAGAGGCAUUUAAUUGGUUAUGAUAUCAAGUUGUAAAUAAAAUAAUCUUAUAAUUUAAAGUAAAUGGUACUUCUCCUGAU